AUGGAAUUUUGGAAAAAUGGAGGCUCAGAAACUUCAAGCGAAGAAAAUGAUAGGCCAGAGAAAGUCAAAGGUGAAAGGGGAGGUCGGCGCUCCUACGAAUGCACAUACUGCAAGCGAGGGUUCACCAACGCUCAGGCCCUGGGAGGGCACAUGAACAUACAUAGGAAAGAUCGAGCCAAGACCAAGCAGGUCACUGGUUCUUCAGGUUCAAGCAAACCCAAUGAGGAGUACAUGGCUUACAAAGAUUUUGCACCAUUCUCAAGCCAACCGGCACGGUAUUAUGAAUCUUGUGAGGCACAGAGGAAUUACCCCACGUAUUUUCCGCCAUCGGACUCUAGCUCUAGAUAUCCACAUGCUUACCAUGAAAACAACUGGUCUGCCCCAAAUUCAGAACGUUUGAGUUUCAAUGAACAGCGUUUGGGUGCAAAUUUGAGCUUGCAAAUCGGCCCCACAUACCGAGGGGACAGCGGAAUUGAAAGGCAAUAUGGGAAAGACGAUGAAGUGGAUUUGGAGCUUCGGCUUGGUCACUAUCCAUGA